GGGAGAGGGUAAAAAAUUUUCCAUACUCUAAGGUAGUAACCAUUAACUUGAGCUGGCAUAUCACACCGACGUGGAAUGAAAGCAAUACAAAUAAAGAAAAGAAGAAGAAAGAAUUGACAAUGACAAACAUUUGACGGUUAAUAUCAAAACCAAAUUUGAAAACGUGAAAAAUACCGAAAAAACUAAAAAACUACUGAAAACUAUUAGUUUAAAAGAAUAAAAAACGAUCGGCUAAUUUACCUAUUACCUACCAUAGAUAAAAUACCACGGUGGGAGUGUGCUGUGUUAAUUUACAAAAUGGAUUCCUUACUCGAAACUAUUAAAAAUACUUUCCCAGAUUUUCAAAUUACAAAAGAUGAUAUAUUACGUCCAAGUUCAGAAAGUGUAUGUAGGAUUUAUUCAACAUUUUUAUCAGAUUUCGAGGAAAAGAUAGCAUAUGCAAUAGGCUUUUAUCAAGAUGAUGUGGAAACUGAUUUGGACGUUGAAGAAGACAGAAUAUUUUUAAAAAUGCAAAAAUUGAAUCCAAUCUUUUCAGAAUCUGGAAUGCAAUUUGGUUAUGGUGAUGUAAUUAUGCCCACAGGUACUAGAACCAGAUUGUUUGUUUACGUGUUUAUUCACAUGUUAAAUUUUUUUUUAAAUGCACUAGAUCCUUUUGAAAAAACUUGUAGCGAUGUUUUAAAAAUUAGGGAGGACAUUGAUAGAUUAUUCAGUGAAAAAGAUAAUUAUUUGAUUAAAAUUAAUGAUAAUAUAAUAGAAAGAUUAGAAUUAGUAAAAGCAAAUGAAGAUUUGGAGAAUGAGAUACAAAAAUUAGAAACAACUGUUAAAAACGACAGCAGUGAAAGACGUAAAAAGGAAAGAGAAAUCAAUGUGCCAUUAAGAAAAGAUUUAAAACGGUUAGAAAUGACAGUAGAAGAAAAAACAACUAGUAUAGAAAAAUUAGCAGCUAAAGAAAAGAAGUAUGUAGAGGAAGUAAUUACCGAAGCAGAAUAUUUAGAACUAAAAAAACUUGAAAACGAUUUGGAAUCAGAAAAGGAAUCUUUAAAAACAGAAGAUGUGGAUAUGGAUGACUUUUUAGCAUAUGAGUACAAAAUUGUUGACCAUUUUAGACAUUGUGGUAAGUCUAUUCCUGAUCCGCUUAAUGUCGAUUUUAUAAAUCGACAUAUUAAAAUGGAAGAAGAAUUGGAAGACCUAAAAGAUAUAAUUCAAAAGUUAUCAUCUGACAUAAAUCUUAAUAAAUCCACAUUAAAUCACCAGAAGCAAUUACAUGAGCAAGCACAAUCAGUAUGUUUAAAAACUAAUACCAAAAAUAACGUCAUAUUACAAAAUAUUCAAAGUGAAUGUGAAGUAUUGAAACAUAAAGUUCAGAUCGUUAAGGAAAACGUUUGUUCGAGGUAUAGAGAUGCUCUUGCUUAUAACAGUGAAAUGAAAAAUAAAAUUACACAAUUGGAGAAUGAAUUCGAGGACCUUAAAGAUCAUUUUCGCAAAGAAUAUAUCAAAAUUACAAAGGCUGAAGAUUUGGCAAUACAAACGUUUAAAGAGCAUAUAGAAAAUUUGUAUAAUUAAUUGUAUAAUCGUGUUAUUUAUAUUGUAAAAAUUUUAAUAAAAUAAAAAAAAGUAUUUUUUAUAAUUA